GGCGAGCGGCGCGUGGCCCGGAGCGAACGCCUCAAAUCGGCGGGCCCGCUCAGCUGAUUGUUUCUUUUGGAGCGAAGAGGGAGCCGGCGCUGCAACCGAGCAGGCGGGCGGGCGAGAAGGGAGGAGAUCGCGAGUCGGCUUUGCCGGGGCAAGUGCUCGAGCCAGGGCUGCCUAGAUGGCUUGCAUGGUGGUGUAAGCGGGCGGCGAAGGGGUUGGGCAGGGCAGGGUGGUCGCCCGCCCCUCCGUCUGCAUUCUCCAGUCUACGUCCUCCAGCCCCACUUUGCGCCGACUUAUUUUGGGGGGCGCCUCCCAAAGGGGGCUGCGAUGGUGUUCGGCGGCCCCGAUCCCGGCCGCCUGCCCCGCUUCUCCUUGGAGCUGGGGCUGAGCUUCCUGCACGCGCUCCUCUACGCCGGCCUCUUCCUCUUCGCCUACCUGCAGCUCUGGCUGCUCCUCUGCUACCGGGAGAAGCGGCUGAGCUACCGCGCCGCCUGCCUCUUCCUCUGCCUCCUCUGGGCAGCGCUGCGCACCGUCCUCUUCUCCUGCUACCUGCAGACUUUCCUUCUCCAGGGCGGCCAGCUCCGGCUGCAGCCGCUCCCCCACUGGCUUCUCUUCUGCCUGCCCGGCUGCCUCCUGUUCGCCGCCGGCUGCCUCCUCAAUCUCUACUUCGCAGAGGUUAUCUUCAAAGUCAAGUGUGCAGCUGAAUUCAACAAAUACAAGGCCUUUUUGUAUGUGGGCUCCAUACUUGCCAGCCUCCUCUUUGUCUUUGUGAACUUGACGUGCGCGUUGUUGGCCCGUGACGACGUACCAGAGGAUCAGCUGAAGUGGACAGUUUUCACCCGGGCUCUGAUCAAUGACAGCCUCUUCAUUCUCUGUGCCAUCUUGCUGGCAUGUUGCAUGUGCAAACUGUCCAAAAUGUCUUCAGCAAACAUUUACCUCGAGUCCAAGGGCACCUCUGUCUGCCAAGCGCUGCUUGUGGGCUGUGUCAUCGCCCUCCUGUACUCCUCAAGGGCUUUCUAUAACUUAGUGGCCGUGGCGAUCUCUCCGGACCGGGUGCCCAGUCCGUUCAACUAUGGCUGGGAUAACCUUUCGGAUAAGGUUCGAAGCGAAGAAGUCAGCAGCGAAGAGUAUGUGGUCUUUGGGGUUGUGCUGUUCCUCUGGGAGUUUGUCCCAAUUACAUUUCUGGUUCUGUUCUUCCGGGCGCAGAGGCUGGCACAGAACUUGGCCCCUGCUGGGAUGAUCAACAGCCACAGUUACAAUUCUCGUGCCUAUUUCUUUGACAAUCCAAGGCGGUAUGACAGCGAUGACGACCUUCCGAGGCUCGGUGGAGGAAGCUUGGCUACACCCCAGAACUCUGGCUGGUAUGGUUCUCUGACAGGGAGCGAUGACUGCGUCGUGAUCCCUCCUUUGGUUGCCCCUCCAAUGGAUGUUGCUCCGCUGCUCUUCACCCAUGGGAGCUUGGAGUCGAGAAGUCACCAGCACCUGAUGCCGCAGAACUGACCAUGGUGUAUCUCAUGGGGAGGGGUGUGUGUAAAGGGGUGGGGGACUCCAACAAGGGGUGGAGGAUAUAUCAACUUUCUGUUGGGUCCCCCAGUACCUAGAGUGGUUCCCAUGGGUAUUAUCAGAAAGGAACGGAACAGGCUCUGCACUUUGGGGUCUGCAGCCAACUGUUGCCAUGAUACCUGCAAUGAUGGAAGCCGAUUUGGUUAACUCAGCCGCUAGAAGUGUAUUAUUUCAGUGGAUCGGGCCUUCCAGAGGAUGCUGACUUGGCAGCUAAAAGCACCAGAGCUUCGGCUGAAGAGCUUGACUGUUGGACGGGUGGAUAUUUGCACUUUUAACUGAGCAUUUCCAAGGAACAGGCCUGAUUCCUCCUAGUUAUUUUCUUCAACAGCUUGGGAAGGCUGGUCUGGGUAAUGCUUAAUUGCACAUCUAUAGCUAGGAAAGUUAAGUCUUCCUGCAACGACUGGAGCAUCUCUACAUAUUUAAAGAUGGACACAUUGGGAGGGGAGGGGGUUGGAGAAUCUUUGCUUUCAAACUCUUUUUUUUUUUUUUUAGAGUUUUAAACUGGGGGAUCCAAAGAAAAUAAUGUUUAACCAUGUGGCACAAGUGUCAUAUUCUCACAAGGGUUAACUUGCAGUUACGCUUUACUAUCAAUCUCUUUAUUCCGGGACUAUCAAAGCAAAUCCUUAUUUUGCAUGCGUUGUGAAGCCCCUUGUGACUGACUACUUACGUUGAGCAUCAAGGUUUCAUUUUAAAAACUAAAACUUGGCUCAUACUGGGGGGAGCAGAGCUGGCGCACCGUGGUGUUCUACAGACAGAAUGGAACGAGGACUAGUUGCGUGCUUGCCUUGGAUACUGCAGAGGCAGCUGGCUGCUUGAUCUGGCCAGUUUUCUUGCAUGGUCCAGGAUGGAAUGGAGGCCCUUUGGGGUUGCUUAGCAACCAUUAAAGAGCAUUGUCCUUCGUAAUGGAGAAAACAGCCGCUUGGAACGUGAAACAGAGUUGGAGUAAAUAUUUCUCCUCCCCUCUGUUAAGAUGGAACCAGGCACUGAAGGAAGAAGGAUGUGAAGUAUAUUAAUGGACGCUUCUUUGGGAAGCCUUGCAGGUAGUGACAGUUCAUACCGCUGAGCAAGGCUGGGGUGUCUGUGUGGAGGCGUGCCUGUUUAUGAUGCACACAGGAGCCAGUCCUAGAGGCCCUGUCUAGAAUUUGGGAAAUUGUGAAGUCCCUCCAUUUUUUAAAUCUGUGCUGCGAACGUACAUUCUGGAGAAACAGGCUUAACUUCACAGAAAUAGCUUGUGAUAAAAGCUUCCUGGUGUUUUAGGGGCAGGUCUGUUUGUUCCUUGUGUUGAUAAGGGGCAUUCUGGUUACAACUGGAGGAAGGGGUGGAAGUCCUAAAGUAGGAACCAGGUUGGGGAAGGCUGUCCAAAUCUAGAAUUGGAAGGGGAAAUAGCAGUGUGGGUCUCCCCAGUGAUUGCAAGGCCUUUCAAAGCAGCAUUCUUAACAUUUCCCAUGCCAGCAUCUAACUGUGCUGUUUUCCUAUAUGGUAUCUUUUCUUGAUUUCCUUUUUUCCUUCUGGCUGUGUGGGGGUCCAAAAAGUGGUUCUGAUCUCUUGUGAUGGAAUUAGAGAUGUCCCUGUUGACUAGAACUGUUUGGAUCCAAAGUUGGGACUCUUUUAUUCCUCCUGUUACGGAAAUUCUGCUUCUUAGACAACCGGAGAAACCACCUGAGUUAUCCCCAAAUUAAUCUUGAAGUGUGCAUGUGGAACAUGACUUCAACAAGAAGGUGCUGAUUUUUAAACUUGAAUUGAAAUUGUCAGGUGACACAUGUUUUUGAAAGUGUCUGAACAAGUUUGGGUUCUGACAAUCUCUUAACCCCCCACACACACACACACAUGCAUGUUGCAUCUCACCCUUUUAGGCUCAGGUCAUGUGUUUGAGAGUAGCUGUUCGGUACAUCUUGAAGCCUGCUGGGUUGUGAGAUCUCCCUCCCAAAGUGAUGCUAAUGUGCCAGGAGGCUGCCGAGACAGACUCACUAUUUCCCCAUCUUCCUAACAUGGGACACGCAAAUUAAGAUGUUGUAGAAGUUUUCUCUGCACAGGGGGUGUAGUUCAAGAGUUUCUGCUACAUAGAUUUCUUAACUCAGGAUUUAAGUUUUGCAGCUCGGUUCAGAGGCUGUUUUGGAAGGUGUAUAAAUACUCAUCUCAAUAAGCGUACUCUUACUGCCCCUGAACAAAAGCAAUGUUUCCUUUAAGUUUCUCACUGAGCAGAAAUUCACAUGGAUCCAUAAGAGUUCGUGUAGAAACACUUCACGUGCAUGGAACAGUUUCACUUUUCAAACCACAAGUGUAUCUUGCUUCACCAGAACUAUUUAUCUCUGGACCUUUCAAGUCACAGGCUACUUUUGAUGCCCUAAGAAUGGGUUUGGAUCUGCUAUACAGUUGAGAGGGAAGUUAGUUGCGGGUCUUAAAUAUAUGUCAUGGUUCACCAGAUUUUGAACAGUCACUGUAUGUCUGCAAUUGCAUGUAAGUGCUGGUAAUGUUCAACAGUAGCUGUCUUGAGACGUAACAUAAAACCCUAGUUUAGUGUUACGGGAAGAAGCCUAGUGUUCCCACCCUGUGAGGCUUGUGCUCUAGUCCUCUGCCAUGACUGCAAAAAGAUUGUUUUUUUUUUUUUUAAAAAGUGAGAGCUUCCAGAGUUUAGCAUUGUCUGAACCCUAAAUUGUGGUUAAUCUUAACCAUGGUGUAUUAAAACAAGCCAGCUUAAUAAAUCAUAUUUUGAAGCUGGCUUAUUUCAACAUACAAUAGUCAAAGAUUAACAGCAGCUUGCUAUACAAUGGUUAAUCAAAAGCAGAAGCAAAAGCUUCCAAACACCACCUCAAGCUAUGCUGUCUGAGGAUGGGGAGAAGUACUUGUGCUGCUGUCUUGUUAUGCUAAACAAUGGUUUAGCGCUGUGGCUGGGCCAGUAUGGCCAUUUUUGCACUCACAAAUUAGUUGGUACUGACAUAUGAAAUUUGAGUCGUUAAAUUUCAAGCAUCCUCUUGAAAAAAACUAAUAUUGGUGUGGAUAUCCAGGUUUAUUUCUCCUAGCUUCAUAUAUGAAUUGGAGCCCCCGUAUUGACUGAUCCUUGAUGGGUGGUAAAAUUAGCCAUAGCUUCAAUUCUUAUCGAUGCUGCCCUCCUUCAUCCACCAAAGACAGACUGGGCUACUGUACCCUGCCCCCUGGCAUCUUGGCUUUUGCUUGUGAGUUUUGCAAUGCACUCGGAGCACUUUAUAAGUUGCGUUUCUUGGGUGGGGGAGGGAGGAGGGCAUUAUGUAAAGGGCUACAGGCUCCUUGUCCAACAUUUGCACUAAACUGCAUUGACUAAAGAUUAUCUUUCCCCUCAUCGGAGCCACAGCCAGCUGAGAGCGCACGUUGAGUUGCUUAAUGCACAACAGCGAGUAAGUGAUGACUUUUUAUUUAUGUGGAAGGCAAGUAUUUAAAUGCUGGAAUCCUGCCUGCGCCAAAGAGCACCCUCUGUUCUGCUGAAACAAUUUAUAUCUGAAUUCUCCUUUUGUACCCAGAAAUUGCCUUUGUCAGGGGUGGGGUGGGAGUGGGUUUCCCCGCUUUUCUUUUUGGUAGGGUCUGGUGGAUGCCAUUUGCCAUCUCUCCCUCCAGCACUGAACUGGCUGUGGCUAACAAAUGUACCUAAGUUAAAUUUCUCCACUCAAAACUGUAACGCUGUUCAUGUUUUUGAAAUAAAGAGGCUUGUUUUUAUCUUGUGA